AUGAGUAUGUCAAAAUUUGCAAGAUCCACCCUUCAUAUAAACAAAGCAUGCAGUGUCGUGGAUAAACAAAUAAAGAACAAUACAGCAGUUAGAACAUUGAAAGGUCUGAGAAAUAUCAGCAACUACAAAAAUGUGUGUAACAAAUGGAAUGCUGAAUUAGUCACUAUUGGAGUUGCUAAACAUGGAAGAAUAGCAAAACAUUUCAGUAAUGCAGGAGGAGAAUGCUACGAGUUUAAAGCAGAAACAAAGAAAUUGCUACAAAUAGUAGCACAUUCGCUAUAUACAGAUAAAGAAGUUUUCAUAAGAGAAUUAAUUAGCAAUUCUUCUGAUGCAUUAGAAAAAAGAAGAUUUCUUCAAACAGCUUCUACAAAAAAUGUGGAUGACACGUCAGGUGAUGAAUUAGCUAAUAUUCCUCUUCACAUCAAGGUGUCAGCAGAUGCAAACAAAAAUUUGUUCAUAAUUGAAGAUAGUGGAAUAGGUAUGAACAAAGAAGAAGUGAUUGAGAACUUGGGUACUAUAGCAAAAAGUGGAUCACUAAACUUUUUGAAUUCAUUAAAGGAGAGAAGUAGUAAAACUGAUGAUGGGAAUAACAUUUCUGAACAGUCAGGUGAAAAAAGAACAGAAUCUUCAAAACCAGGGGACAAUAUAAUAGGCCAAUUUGGUGUUGGUUUUUACAGCUCCUUUGUAGUUUCAGAUCAAGUCGAAGUAUUCACACGUUCAUAUGAUUCUAAUUCAGUUGGUUAUCACUGGAAAUCAGAUGGAAACGGUACAUUCUCUUUGAAAGAAGUGCAGGAGGAUCUGCCAAGAGGUACAAAAAUUAUAUGUCACCUGAAGGAUAGCUGUAAAGAAUUUUCCAAUAUACAUAGAGUCCAAGAAAUAGUUGAAAAAUUCUCUUCAUUUAUCAAUUUUCCUGUGUAUAUUGUAAAUCGUAAAAGGGAUAUUAAAGGAAGCAAAGGAAUUGUUAAGGGAGAAAAUGGUGAAUCUCAGAUGCAGGAAAAGAUGAGUGAUGAAGGUGUUGGAGAAGAAACAAUGAACAAAAUGGACACAACAUUUGUGAAUGCAAAGGAAUUAGAAACGAUGAAUCAAGAGGAAGAUGAUAGUGCUUCUAAAAUAAGUAGUGCUAAGGAGGAAGAAAUUGAGGAACUCAGAAAAGAUGUAUAUGACGAAGUUCAGAUAAACAACCAAAAGCCCCUAUGGUGUAAGAAUAAUGUAACUGAAGAAGAACAUGAGAAAUUUUUCAAAUUUCUAAACAAAAAAAAGAGCUAUGAUGAUAACAAAAGUUACAUAUACAAAUUGCAAUACAAAACAGAUGCACCCGUUUCAAUAAAGAGUGUUUUUUACAUUCCAGAAGAAGCGCCAUCAAGACUGUUUCAACAAAAUAACGAAAUUGAGGUAUCUCUUUAUUGCAAGAAAGUUUUAAUUAAAAAGAAUGCAGAUGGAAUAAUCCCUAAAUGGUUACAUUUUGUUAAGGGAGUAAUUGAUUGUGAAGAUAUGCCUCUGAAUAUUAGUCGAGAGAACAUGCAAGAUACUACUUUGAUUAAUAAAAUUUCAAGAGUUGUAGUUACAAAAAUUUUAAAAACAUUAGAAAAAGAAGCAUUAAAUGAUGAAGAGAAAUUUAGAAAAUUUUACUCCAAUUAUAGUUACUAUUUAAAAGAAGGAGUGUUAGAAGAUUCAUCAAGUAGUUUUUACAAAAGCAUUUUGAUGAAUCUUUUAAGAUUUUAUUCAAUUCAAGAAAAGAGAAUUAUUUCUCUUAAAGAUUACGUAAAUAAAUUUAAAAAUGGACAGAAAAAAAUUUAUUAUUUUUGUGUUAACGAAAUAAAUGUUGCUUUAUCAUCCCCCUACAUGGAACCGUUCAAAAAACAAAACAUCGAUGUGUUGUUACUUUUUGAAGAAAUUGAUGAAUUCGUCUUAAUGAACCUACAAGAGUUUAAUGGUUCCAAGUUUGUAUCCAUCGAUUCUUCACAAAAUGAAGAUUUUGAUGAAAUUGUAUUGAAUGCAAACGAAGGAGAAAUUGGAAAUGCUGAGAAUGAUCCAAAGCAAGGGAAGAAGCAAACAGAAAAAAAACAUAUCUUUACAGAGAGUCAAAAAAGUGAACUAGCUAAAUAUUUUAAGGAUGUAUUAGGAUCAAAAUGUUCAGAUGUAAAAUUUUCCGAUCGUUUAACAGAAUCCCCAGCUGUCGUCACAGGAUUCUUAUCACCUACAUUGAGAAAAGUUAUGAAAGCAACUAUGAAAAAUGCAUCUUUUCAAGACAACAACAUGUUACACAACUUGCCUGCCACCUUAGAGUUGAACCCAUCACAUACAAUUAUUACUUCAAUAUAUCAUUUGAAAAGUAGUAAUCAAGAGGUAUCUAAAUUGCUAGUCCAGCAACUUUAUGACAAUGCAUGUAUUGCUGCAGGAAUUUUAGAAGAUCCACGUUCGUUACUAACCAAAUUGAAUGAACUAUUGGCACUUACAGCUAGAUAUGCAUAUCACUAUGAGAACAAUACAUCUAAUGCAGAAACCCACGUAGAACACACUACCCCCUCUGCUGAGGAAACAGUUGGAAAUACUGAAAUGUUAAUAAACUCAAAAGAGUUACUACAUGAUACCCGAAUGGAUGAACAGGGAAACGUAGCUAAGGAGACUCAGUCGUCCAAAUUGUGA